GGUUUCUAACGUUACAAUUUUUGCACAUCGGCGGCAGUGUCGGGCGGCCGAUACCUACCUAGAUAGCAAUAAUAAAAUGUGGAACGAUAGUCCGAUGCGUCGCUUUGUGGUAAUUUCUAUCAAAAAAGUUGUGAUGCCUUGUAAUUUGUGAUAUUUAAAAGUUGUUAUUAUAGGGUGGAUAAUAGUCGUACGGCAUACGUUUAGUUCUCACGGUUCAGUUUUUUAGUAAUUUUGUAUACGAUCGGAGUAGUGUGAUUCCGAUUGAGUACGGUAAGCGUACACAAGGAUCGGGCGCCGGGGGAGGCGGCUUGCGGGCACGGCAUACGCCGGCCAGACGUCUCCGGGACGCGUCGCGUUUUCGGGUGCACCUCGAUCUGCGACUCGUGAAGUGUACCGUGUAUCGAACUUGUUAGGUAGUUGUGAGCAACCAUCCAGAAACAUACAAACCAGCAUACACACACAUCUGAGCUCCGAUUCAGCAAGCAUUGAAGACAUCUGAGGAUCUAGUGUAGUUUAUUAUUAAGUAGUUUUCUUUUGCAACACAAGUGUUAUUUUGGUGUUAAAAUCGGUGGACAUCCGGAGAGUAGCUGUGUAAACUGUGAUCAGACUAAGACAAAGAUGUGAUUUGGCUUUGUAAAGUAUCCUCUUUUGAUAGUAAACUUGGACACCAACGAGCACACUUUUUCUGUGAUAUAUUGGUACACAGUACUGAGAUUUUGGACUUAUAUAUACAAAGAGAUACUGUCAACUGUCAAGCAAUCCUCAGUGGAAAAUGUUCCAGCCGCCAGAUUCACACUCAACACCCCUACAAGAUAUACUAGACCUGCAGCAUACCAACAUGCAGUCCAAACAAGGUUACCGUAAUGUUUUUGUUCAAAAAGGUACAUUCAGCAGUGAGUAUCCCAGCUCACCGAGAGACAACUUGAAUGCCAUGGGCAAGGCUAACGGCGGGAACAGGUUCAAUAUCGGCAACUAUAGUCUGGAGUCGUGCCCCAUGGGCGACUCGGUGUACUCGUCCGGCUCUACUAACAACCAACCGCAAUACGACUCUACAAACCACCCGCCUAUAAGGGAAACAGGGAUUAUUGAGAAAUUACUUCAUUCAUAUGGCUUCAUACAAUGUUGCGAGAGGCAAGCGCGCCUGUUCUUCCACUUCAGCCAGUUCGGCGGCAACAUAGAUCACCUAAAAAUCGGCGAUCCAGUCGAGUUCGAGAUGACUUACGACCGGCGCACGGGCAAGCCUAUCGCUUCCACCGUUACCAAGAUAGCGCCCGAGGUGGUGCUGAGCGAGGCGCGAGUCACCGGCGUGGUCACCACUGAGCUCAAGGGCGAAGGCUCUGGUGACAACACGGGUCGCAUCUCUUACGAGAAUCGCGGCGAGUGCUUCUUCCUGCCCUACACCAAGGACGACGUGGAGGGGAACGUGACACUGCGCACCGGCGACGCAGUCAGCUUCCAGAUCGCGACCAACCAGAGAGGUACAUUAGGGGCUUGCCACGUACGCUUCGAGAACCCCGCGCAUCCCGUGAAGUACCACGGCGUCGUGUGUUCCAAGAAAGAGAACUUUGGUUUCAUCGAACGUGCCGACGUAGUCAAAGAAAUAUUCUUCCACUUCUCCGAGGUUAAAGUCAAAGAGGAAUUGUCUUUGGGCGAUGACGUCGAGUUCAUUAUACAAACCAGAAAUGGUAAAGAAGUGGCGUGCAACAUCACAAAACUCCCCAGCGGCUCGGUAGUGUUCGAGGAUGUGAGCCCCGACAUCAUGCGCGGGCAAGUGCUGAAGCCUCUAGAGCGGGGUAGCUCGCAGCGCGCCGCACAGAGCGACCCGCUGCCCGGCCGCAUCCGCUACCGUGCGCCCGAUCACUCCGAGGUCGAGGUGCCGUUUGGCGACAAAGACCAGUGCGGGGAGUUUACGUUGCGGCACGGGGACUGGGUGCAGUUUCACGUCGCCACGGAUAGACGCGACCAACUGAAGCGCGCGACCAACAUUUCGCUGCUCGACGAGUCCUUUAAUGUCUCGGGAGAGAAGAGGGAGCGAGGCGUCGUACAAUCUCUGCUCGACCGUUUCGGCUACAUCCGCUGUGUGGAGCGCGAGCGGAAGAUGAUGUUCCAUUUUGAGGAAGUGCUGCGGCUGGGGCAGGAGCUGACCCUCGGCGAUGAAGUGGAGUUUACAGUGGACCCCGUGGCGUCGUUCGCUACUAUGAACACCAGCCCCAAGGCCAUCCGCAUCAAGCCCCUGCCGCCGGGCACGGUGCAGUUUGAGGUGCUAGUGGAACGCGGCGUGCGCGGCGUGGUCUCCAGGGAGGCGGUGCGCUCUUCGGCUAGCCCGACCUACGGCCCUGAACCCAACCCGGACGACGGGCUCAUCACGUGUCAAAUGUACAAUGUGAAGAAAUCCAUACCGUUCUCAGCGAAGAAAUGCGAGUCUAAAAUGAUGCCGCGCAUCGGUGACAAAGUUAUAUUUGACGCUUACCGGGUGAUUUCCACAAAAGAGCUGGUUGCGAUGGCAGUGCAAACUGCGCACAGCCUUAGCAACGGCGCGGGCGGCGGCGGCGGCGGCGGACAACAGUCGCGUUCUACGUUCAAAGGCUUCGUGGCCGCGCUGAAGGAUGGCUUCGGGUUCAUCGAGACCGCCGACCACACCAAGGAGGUCUUCUUCCACUUCAGUAACCUCGAAGGCAGCGCAGAUAAUCUCGAACUCGGCACAGAAGUGGAAUACGGUCUGGGACGUGCCAACGGUUGCGGGGGAGGUUGUGCCAGCGCGGAGUUUGUGCGCGUGUUGCCGAAGGGCUCCAUACCGAUCGCCAAGCUCCUGGAGCCAGCUUUGAACGGCACGGUGACGCGCACCCUGCGCGCUCUCAACCCAGACCAAGCCAAGUACUCCGGCCUAAUUCAAGUGGGUGGCAUGACAUACGAAUUCGGAAUCAUGGGCUUGGCGUGCAAACGCGAGAUCCUGCAAGUGGGGGACCCGGUCACCUUCCAGGCGGACCGGGAGGGCCGCGCCGCCAACAUCGUGCCCGUGCGCAAGAAGCGGCGCGCGACCGUCGACGCCAUUAAGGGCGGCUUCGGCUUCCUGUCCGUGGAGGCGGAGGACGCGCGGCGGCUGUUCUUCCACAUGUCGGAGGUGCGCGGCGGCGCUUCGGAACUGCAGCCCGGCGACUCGGUGGAGUUCGUGAUGCUGACCAACCCGCGCAACGGCAAGUCGUCGGCCUGCAACGUGGUGAAGGUGGCCAGCAAGCCCGUGAAGCGCGCCGAGCGGCCCGAGCGGCUGCUGGCUCGCCUGCGCACGCAGUCGCUGGAGGACGCCGCGCCGCGCGUCGUGACGGUGCGCGCGCCGCGCGGGCCCGACGGCAGCCGCGGCUUCCGCCCGCGCCGCCCGCUGGCCGAGCAACUGGGCGAGUGAGAUAAAUGCAGGAACGGAACGAGGCCUGAAAAAAAAAGUGGCUACUUUACUGCUAUGUAGAUCAACAUAUCCUCAGUUUGAUUUAAAUACAACUAAAGGUAAACUAUACCGACUGCGGCAUCACUGUCUUUGUUCAAAGUGUUAAAUGUGUAAGUUAUGUGAAAUAUUCAAUAUUCGUAGAUAUUCAACAAUUUGAAGUUUGAAACAGUAAACUUGAAACACAGGGAGAAGUACCAUAACACCAAAGUCGUUCUUUUGUGUGUGUAUAUACACAUCAUUGUCUUAAGUUCAAAACCUCGAAAAUGAAAUACGACCUGUCGAGAAUAUAUUCCAUUUUGAGUAUUUAUGAAAUAAUUGAAAAACGGUGUUAUUUUGAAAGAAAUCUUCGUAUUCACGGCUUUGAAUGGUGAACGACGAUGUGCACACAAAAGACACGACUUCAAUAUGUUUGUUUGUUUGUUUGUUUGUUGUUAUAUAUUGUUUGUGGCCGUUCACAGUGGGUCGGAGAUCUGUCGUGCUUACAUAUGUUGAAGAGCACUCUCAUUUUCAUACGUUUCUAUGAAUUCUAAUGACACGUGUAAAUUGUCUGUAUGUAUGAAACAUUGUGUUGAACAAACUAGUCUACAAUGUGAUGUGUUGUGUUCUUUCGUGCCUUCGGGUCGGAGUAUAGUUUACCCAAAAACUUCAUUAUGUAUUCGCGAGAGACUGAACUUGAUCCUUUCUUUAGCAGCAUUUAGAAAAUUUGUUUUUGUUGAGUAAUUUUUUUAUUAUUCUCUAAGUAAAAAAAAAUUGACGUGCCGGUGAUUAGUUUUGCUGAAUUAUAGUUUAUAAAUGAGCAAAGAACAUAUCAAUGUUUACCAUGUUUGUUCGCAAAUUACAAGUUUGUUUUUCUUUAUUUUUUUUUUUUAUUUAUUUGUAUAUACAAAUGUUGAGGUUCUUUUUCGCAUACGCGUUGUUCAAAAUUCCGCAACCAUUACGUGUACGCGUAACGUUCCGGCUGUACAGACAUGUGUCAAUCGAAGCGUAACGUGCGUUACGGACGUGCUCUCGUUUGUUACUACAUCGCAGGACGGUGUGACGCUUACAAGGCGUAUUGUUUAGGCUAGUUGACACUUUUUUUUCAAAUGGUCUUAAAUCGUUCAUUAUCAUUCUAAUGGACAAAAAUAUUUCAUAUUUUUUGCGACGUGAUUACAUGAAAAUAUUAGUUUUUAAAUACAAAAAUAUAUUUAAAAACUAAUAUUUUCAUGUAAUCACGUCGCAAAAAAUAUGAAAUAUUUUUACACUCUAUAUUUCAACUGUUUCAUGACGUCUCUACAAUAAAUCCAAUACAAAUGGAGCAUUUGACAAAAAUAAGUUAAAAAUUAGUUUGACGUUUGACGUUUGACGACGACAAAAUGGGCGACAGCGUUUUUGACGUUUGGAAAAUUUGAAAAAAUACGUGAUAUUUUAAUUAAGUUUUAAUCCUGUAACCUCCUGAAAUCCUGAAACUUUUAUUAAUUGAUAUUGAUAUACUUCGGGCCAUUAUUCCAUGGUAAAUUAUUUUUGUUUAUAUUAAAAUUGAAAUGAGUCAACUACCCUAUUAAAGCGUCGAAGGUUGUCUGAAACCGUACACGUUUAGGCUUAAACGUAAAGUGUGGGGCUUUAUGCUUUGGCUACGCGAGAUUUGCGCUUAGAAAGGCAAUAUAAUUCAUGUCUAUAAACAUGGAUGAUUAAUUAAAUCUAGAUAUAGGGUAAAAAAAGGAAAUGCCUUUAAAAUUAAAUGUUGAAUUGAUCUUUAAAUCUAAUUUGGAAAGAAGAGCGAGUACGAAGUUAAAUGUAUUGAUGCCUUUCAAAAUAAAAUAUUAAAUUGUGUAUUGGAUUAAAAAAAAAAACAAAAAAAUAAUGAAAAAAGUAAAAAAAAAUCCAAUAUAGUAAUUAUUGUACUGUGUCAUUAGUGAUUAGGUAAGCCUUAACUUGGUUGAUUGUUAACUUUUAUUUACUACUUGACAAUAAAAUAUGCACGAGUACUAUAAAAACUAUUAAAGAAUAAAGUGAAUAUUUUUUUUUCGAAAAAUUAACUUAAGGAUAGUGCGAAAUAACCUCAUAUUUUGAUUAAGUUUGUGAUCUUAUGAUAAUGUUAAGAACUUAUUCUGAGUGGAAUUCUUUUAUGAAUCAUAACUAUUUCUUGAAAAUGUUUCAUUAAUAAUACUGAUUUAUAUUAGACAAGUAUUGCUAAAAAUACCGGAUUCUGCAUAUUUAUAUAUAUAGUAUUAUAAAUUAGUAUUAACCAUACUAAAAUUGUGUGAGAACUUGAUGACUUUAAUAGGUGAAUAUUAGAACUAGGUAUUAUUGGUCCACGAUUUUGGUUAAUGUCUUGGUGUAAUCGAAUCAAAACAAAGACCUUAUUCUAGUCUAUGAUCACUCUUUGGAUUUCUUACAUAUCACAUUUAUACUCACGAUAUUAAAUCGGUGGAAUUGUGACAUUUCCUUGUGUUUCCAGAUACAUAAGUUGAUUUUAUAAUUAAAAAAAAAAAUCAUACCAGUUUUAAUGUUAUUCUAUAAAACUUUCGCACAAAGAUACGUCAGAAUUCUGCGGAAUUGAAAAUCCGAGUGUAGACUCAAAAUAGUCAGUCAAAUAACACAAUAACUUAAAACAAUAUUUCAAAAACACCCAAAUGACAAAGAGUCAAUGUAGGGGUUUAUAUUCUCUAACAGAACACACACACCAUUUUCGACGUUGUACCCUUACCAUGAAUUAGCACAUGUAUAAAUAAUAACGUUUACAUGCAUGUGAAAGCAAUAAUAUUGAGAGUUCAUAAAUCUAGAAAUUAACAUACUAUAUAUUAUAACUACUUCAAAGUUAAGUAAAGGACCCAAUCUCUACUAUUCAAUGUUCAGUUUACUUUGAAGUAGUUUAAUGCUUAAAAGAGACAGUACAUUUCAAGCCUGAUCUAUGUACUACAUAUAUCAGGCUGAUCUAUGUACUAUAUACAUCGAACUUAAUAAGAGCAACACUGAUACAAUCCCAACUUUUCGAAGUAAACAACAGCCAUAUAACAAGUGUCAUUUUUGACAUUUGAGUAUUAACAGGUAACGUCAAGAGAACACCAUGUACCAUUACUACACCAGUUUCUUCUUUCUUCUUCUUCUUAUUCUUCUUUUUCUACUUCUUCGUCCUUCUGGGCCGUUUCCGCAAUUACUCGUAGUUAUACUAAAGCCUUUCUUGAUGAGUACUGUUUACUAAUAAACAAAUUAUAAAUGAGGGUAUAAAUCAUUAGUCAUUUCACACCUAAUAAUAAUUCUAAUUAACUUGUUCUUAUAUUAAUGAAAACAAAUUUGAUUAAUAAGCUUAAAACAAUUAGAUAUGGUAAUUAUAUUUUAUAUAAUAAAUUUUAUAAACAAACCAUACAUCAUUUAAAAUAAAUAAGAUAUGAAGUGACAUGCGUUUUGUACCUUCAUUUCUAAUUUUAUUAAAUUGGUAAACAGUAUUCAUCAGUAUAGGUAGGUAAGCGGCAUUGUGUCGCGAGUCCAUAUAAAAUGCGUGAAACUACAGAAAAGAGGUUGGUCAUUUUGGUCGGUCGGUAGCGUUUUGGGACUAUUGCUUGGCUCUUGACACUAAUGCCUAGUUCGGACUACUUUAGUAUUUUAGUCGAGUACGAACGAUUUUUGAGCGGUAAAUCCAAAAAUUGUUCGUACUCGACUAAAAUAUUAGAUGUUUAAUUGAUGCACUCCACAAAGUGCUUUUUGGCUUAAUAAAGCUUCGCAUAGGAUAUAAUAUAUAGGAGCUGUGUUUACUAAAACCAACGAAUAGGUAUUAGUAAACAACAGUGUCAUAAGUCGUGAAUUCUAAAUUAUAUCUUAAUUAGGCAAUAAACCUUAGCCAGUAAAUACUGUUAACGCAAUAUCAACGUUACUAGAACUAUUAAUUUUCAGAAUAUUUCACGAAAUAUAAUAUCAAGAUAUACGGAAGAUUAAUAAAUUUACUUCAAAAACGAAGUUCAGUGUCUUGAUAUAUUUAGGAGACAUGGAAUUCGCAACCUGCAUCGCAGCUUGUAUCGCAACGGAUAUUUCGGGAAAUGCUUUUGAAAAAUUGAUAAUGAAACACUGUUACUUAACAUAAAGCUGUUGUGAAUGUUGCAUUAGCCAACGUGUUUCAGGCUUUAGUGAUAGUUAGAAAGUAUUUAUAUGCGUGAGAUUGAUUGUGUACGUAUUGAGUGAAUACCAUCAAUACUGAAUUUGUUGUUGUCAUAUCACUGAGUGUUAGUAAUUAUUUAGUGCAAAACUAAACUAGGAUCUCUAAAUGCAAUGAAUUUACUUACUCUCGAUGUUCAAUAAACUCUAGGAAGACCAAAUAAACAGCAAUAAUACAUUAGUAGAUAUAUUUAUACAAAGAAUGCAUCUUUGAUAGUGUGUUUGACUAUGCGAGUGAUACGUGAAUUGCAAUUUUAAAGCAUUGCUGUCUGCUUUUGAUUAUCAUUACGUCUUAACAUAUCAAUUAUUUUCAAUGCUAUAUGGGAUAAUAAUUAAAAUAAAAUGGGGCUUAUAUUUUGUUUUUAUAAAUUAGUAUAUUCUGUGAUUUGAGAAAUUUUAAGUGCAAUACAAAUUAUGCAAGUCUAUUCAGCUCAUAGGGCUUUAAAUGUUUAAUAAAACUUAUAUCGGAACGACGGUAUUUCUUCGUUUGGCACAUGUCUCUGAAACUAGCGCGUCUUCGGUUUAUACUGAGGGUUGGGGGAAAUGUUUGUUUAAGAUAAUAUAAAAUGUCAAAAAAAAAAAACAAUAUUUAGCAAAAUCUCCGAGAUAGCUUUUAAUACAAUUAGUAACGUUGCUUCGUACACUAUCCCAAAUAUUAUUUAUAUUAUGGACUACGAACUGACUAGCGUUGACUCCAGCCCUUGCUUCACAAAUACAAAAAUAACGAACAAAAUUUUAUACUUAGAUAUUAAAGAUAUAUUAUUAUAAAUUCGCCUUUUGAAGUCUAAAAGAGUCUGGUUCGUUUUGGUAAACAUGUUGCGCAAAACCAGAUUUGCUUUCAACGGUAAAGUGAUGCUAUGAACUGGAAUGGAACCAAAGACUGAGAUAAUAUUUAUUGCAAUAAUAAUAUUGGUAUUAGAUUAUGUUAAUUAGCGAUAUGUUUGAAAAAUCACGAAAAUAUUGUAGUACGUAACCUUUAAUAGCUCGCUCUACACUCGUGGCGGUAAAGUGAAUUAUCGUGAAAUAAGAAGUUUAAGAAGUGCAAAUUUAUGCUGGCUUAGUUUUUACUGUUCAGUGCAACAUACUUUUUAAAUUAACCAGGACUGUGUCAAACAUUUCUUUUCUUGAAAAGCAACCUAGGUGUUAUUAAAUUUAACAAAUUAAAAAGAUACAAUCCAGCUAUACGACUGCUUACUUUAAUAUGUAUUACAAUACAUGGUAUACAUAUACCUCUAAAAUAAAACAGGCACAUCAUCUAUCUAUUUUUUUUAUAAAUAUAAAAUUAAAAUCGAAUUGGUGUUCCUUUAGCCUCGGUAACAUUGAAAAAAAAAGUUACAACCGAUAGGAAUAAUUGUUUUGUUCGUAUUCGAUAUAACUAGGUUAAAAAUAAAAUAAAUUGGGAAAGCUGAAAGUGAAAGUGUAGAGCGGGCGUAUAAUUUAUUUUUCUGUUAAUUUAGUUAAAAUUUAAAGAGGCGAUCGUAUUCCACCGAACGAUAGUGCGAAUUGUGCAGAUACCUCUAUACAUUUACAUCACUACUCUGCUUUACAAUUUAAUUUGUUAUAUUAAAUUAACUUAACUAAGCUUAACGCCAACACUCGUAAAGGAGCUUAACAAUAUUAGUUUAAAUUUGAAAUGAUAAAUACAAAAAAAAUUAAACCUUUAAAAUGUUUCUAUAGGCGUUACAAGUUAACUUUUUAUUUAAAUAGACGUGAAUCUCUUAUAAAAUCACAAUUUUACAAACUUACUUUAAUAUUCAUAGUAAGUUAAUAACUAAAAUAUUAUGCUUUUUAUUUGAAUAUUUUUGCAUAUUUUGAGCUAUUUCAAAUGUAAUACAUAUUUUGUUAAUUUAUUAGCCCAUUUGUUCAUAAUAAUGUACAUAUAUUACGCUAGCGUAAACCACGGCACGAGUUUUAAGCCCGCCAUUCACUACAUGAGCCUCGAGUCGCACUUUGAACGACAAAUACGUCAUCGACGUAUAGAACACAGAACAGACAGCGCUAAAAGCUAACGCUUUUAGCAAUAGAAGUAGCAAGGGGGCGUGGCCCGCUUACACCCGGGUGUGCGGAAAUUCGCAAGCGUAACCGCAAGUACUAGCAGUCUUGUUUUGUUUACUGACAUUGUAUUUUGUUCUGUGACAAAAGGAAUAAAUAAUAUUCAACUCUAAAGUAAGGGUAACAUAUUUCUUUUUUCACUAAAUAUUAAACAGCCAAUUACGUGAAGAGUUUAUCAGUGUGAUAAGUAUUAUUACACUAUAUAUGUCUUUGCUUAGGCCACGCCUCCGGGUACGCUGGUUUCAAUACAAAGAAUUGGCACUUUAUAAAUCUGGUUACCUGUUGUAUCUGUGGUAUAGACGGUGUGUACAUAUACAUGCACAGACUUGUAAAAUUCGCAUUACAGGUAGAUUUGUCGACAGGCUUGUUUACAGCGACAAAUCUGGCGCAUAGGUGCGCUUGUGAAUGGGGGGCUUAACACGCUAGCAUAUGCGUUCGACAGCGAAAUACGUUCACGUCGCGUUAGUAUACAAACGUUAGACGAACGCCUACGCAAGAGACGCCUGUGUUAGGGGACGUGACUAACUGCUAUAAGCUUUAAACUUUAACACGUGCUCUAAACUUGUGGGCCUAUUUUCUUUUUUUUUUAAUUUAGUUGAACCAUUUUACGUAUCCGUAUUAUAUUUUUGUUGCACUUAUGUAUAACCUAAAAUUUUUAGUAGUUAAGCUUGUCAAUUUAUUAAAAGAAUAUUAUUGGAAAAUGUAGUAUAUCUUUCCUGGAAUUCUUAUUUACUUCAAAUUAGAAUUCAGAUCAAAUCAGUUUUUGUAAUUUAUUAUAUGGGAAAAAUGAUAUAAUACAAGCGAGAAUAUAAUAUCGCUUGUAUUAUAUUCUCACUUGUAUUAUAAAACGCCCACGUACCCGUAUAAAAAAUAGUGAAUAAAAAAUAUAAUAAACUGGAUUAUUGAUGUCGUAGAGUUAAAAAGAAAUAUGUUCCCUAAAGUUCCAAAUAUAAAUGUGAAUACCUAAUUAUAUGCAAGUACCUACUAACAAUAGUAAUGACUUCGUUGUAACUUGUACCAGUAGCAUAGAACGAUAUACUUUGGCCAAAGGAGGCUUUGAUAUUUUUUUCCAAGACAAUUCUAAACUUAUUUAAUAUCAUUUAAACACACGAACGUUUUAAACGUAAGUUCGCAUUCCGUUGUGCGCAGGUACUUGCUUAGGUAUAUUGAACGAGUCGUAAACAUUUAAGCCCCCGUUAUUGUAAUUUUCAUAUUUAUAUUAAAUGGUCAUUCCUAUUUCCUAUGAAAUGUAAAAAAUCCUCAAUAACGUCACGUUGCCUCGGAAUGUAACUUUUAAUUAUAAACUGCAAGUUUUUAUUUGUCUGCGCCAUCGAUCUCCUAUUAAAAAGUGGAUGCACAAUUAGCGACCAAAAAACGUCCCCACUAAAUGAGUGCCAAACACAACUUCUUGCCACUCAAUUCAAACUCAAAUCUUAAGUUUGAAUUUGCUCUGAAUAUGACCUUAUUUAAUAUGACUGAAUAAAAUGAAUAUGGACUAUAUUUAAAUUCCUUUAUGUAUAAUUUUCUUUACCAAUAAUUCUAAAAUUGCCAAAGCAAAAUUGGCCACUUUUUAAGUGAAGUUUUCUACAUAAUUGUGAGUCCUUUUAUUAUAUGAGGUCAAUGGUCUGCGCUUAUGAAAUAAUUUACUCGUAGUAGUGGCAACCCAGAAUCGUUGUUUGGAGGCGGCUUGACCCCGCUUCGAGUAGGAUUUAGCAAAGUAUCCCUUAAAAGCACUGGAUCCGCCUGUGUCUUAGUAUUAUAAUUGUUAUUAAAAAUAUAUUUGUUUAAGUGAGGUUAUUAUAGUGUGAUGUUUUAUAGUUGUCAUUUUCUGAUUAAUCAAAAAAAUAUUGUCUCGAAAUUUUUAGAAACAAUGUUUUGUCUAUUGAUUAAAUAUCUGUUGUUAACAGAAUGCAAUAUUCCGAGGCAGCGUGCCAUAUUAACUUGACUUGUACGUAAUAUUUAUAGAAAGUACUAUGUCAAGCAGUGCUUAAAAGAACCUCGAAGGGAUUAUUCUUGUGAUUCAUGAUUAUUAGUAACUCCAAAAUGGUACGAAGUGAUUAGUACCUUCCCACAAAUUACAAACUUUGGAAUUAUUGUAAGAGUUUUAUUUUUUAUUUGUAAAUUAACACGUUUAGUUAAUAAUGAGUUAUUUAUGCCAAAUUUCUUUUUUGAUGAUUGUGAUCAAAUCUAUGUACACCAACAUCGACUUGAGUCUCAUGUUCCCGCCGUAUAUAGGCGCGCCUUCUAUCGGAUUGCAAGUUGAAACGCACAGCAGCCAGUGACAUGAAUACUGAUACUAUUGGAGGAAACGAAGGCGAAAUCUAAAUCUUUGACGUAAAUUAAAAUUUUAAUAUUAUAAUUUUUUUUAAUUUUGAGAAAAGCAACUUUUUAAUGUUUAAUAAAUUAUAAUAUAAACGCCAAAUGCGGUUACUUUUGAAGUUUGAAGUUUUUUUUAUACCUCUUUUUAUUACCAUGGACUUUCGACAAAAAUGUGUUUCAUACCUGAAAGUGUCAGUUCCAUACACUGGCUGCUAUGUAGCGUCAUAUGUAUUUCGACAACUUUGGUUAACUUGCGGUUCAACAAUUUGUGAUACGUCGGUUUCUAAAGUAUACUUAUGUGUUACGCUGGUGACAGUUGACCGAUUGGUCGCCACGCCAUAUUUAUAGCUAUACGAUUGCAAUAAAGGUUAUAAAACAUAUACCAAUAAACGAUGUCAUUAUAUCAAA